GACAAACCCGGAUAAUUUCCCAAACAUUUCAUCAGUACCGGCUCUCGACCUCCCCACAGUCACAAAGAACGCAACCCCAAUUGUUAAACACCUACAAUCGGUGUUCAUGACGACAAAAGAAGUGAUGAAUGGCCAAUUCAAUUCGAAUUGCGCACACAGCAGCCUCGACAGGGCCAAUCUUUUGUCACGGCGACUGGAAGCCGCAUUACGAGAAGCAAGGUCUCAACGAUACAGAUUUCUUCAGUUCUCUGAAUUCCAGGAAGAUUGCAAAGGUCUUGAACAACCCGAAUGCCUCGAACAUCUCAGAGAUUGGGAUAAGGUCGACUUUCGAUAUCGGCAUCUGCUUUCCAAGAAUGGAGGGCUGCAGCCAUACAGGGAAGCAAUUGCAAGGAUCUAUAAAGAACACGGGUCACUAUCGCAUCUUCGCCAAAUAGAGCAUUGCCGUCAAUCGAGAUGGAAAAGCUUUCUGAAGAGUCUAGCUUCAGCUUCCCCCGACAUGGCUGGACUCAUGGGUGGAGUUAAUAUAGAGGACAUUGAUGAUUUGGCGUCAUCAAGUGUCAGCUACGCAGCAAUGUUGAAGCAAAGAUUCCCAUGGGAUCUUCCUGAAGAGAAACAGGGUCUCACCAGUCAGAAGACAAUCAAGCAAUGGGAUAAGAGAAAGAAGAAACGGGAAAGGCUGCGAGAAAUUUGUAAGGUAUGGGUGCAUCCACAGGAGUGAUAUUAGCAACAAGG